ACAAAAUUAAUGGCGGCCCUAAAUUCUCGGAAAUAAAGGUCCAAAAUCCGCGAGAUCUAAUGUGCGUAAUGGAUUGAAACUUGGCAAGAUAUCUAGGAAAGACCUAUUGUGUACGACAAUGUAAAAAAAUGGAUAUCGAGAAUUUCAUCAUAGUGGCACUUUAAGACGGAAGCAAUGCUGACUUCCCGCUGGCAAAUGAUUAUGCAACAAAUGUGAUUUUCAAGAUUUAGUGCUGCGUACAGAAUAGACGAAAAGUUUCUAUGACUUUGCAUUUACACAUUUUGGCUUCUAGCGUGACAAACUAAAUCACGAGCUUGAAGUUUUCGAAGCUCUUGUGAGCGGGAUCAUUUUCAUCAAGACAUGAAGGAAGGACCGAAGCAGCUUGCAUCUUAAACUGAGACGUAAUUAAUUUUCCUGAGACAACAAAGGGGCAAAACAUAGGCCGGAUCGAAUGGGGAACAGUCUGCAUUUCUUCCAGAAUUAUCAAAGUAUACCUCUGACACUGCAUGGAAGACAUAAGAAAUUUAAAGACUUUUUGCAGGAUAAGUGAAGGGACAGAUUAAGGCCCAAUUGCUGUAAAAACGUCUGUCGUUGAUUUAUGAUAAGGUGGAUGGGAUUCUCAACUGCGGUAAUUUGUUUCUGCUCAAUUAAAUCUGUUACGAGAAGCGGCAAUAGAAGUAAAAGAUAGAAAAAGCUGAUUCGAGCUACAUUCGAUUUUUGUUCUUGCAGAGUAAUUAUAAUACUCUGGUGUUACAUCAGUUCAUUCCAAAAAGAGUUAUUCCUUUCUGCUUCCCUCCAUGUACACUGAGAACAUUUUACUUUACUGACAUGAAUCGACGCACAUGUGAUAAGAGCGAACCCGCCCCCCUCCCCCUCUCCCCUCAAAAGUUGCGAUAUAAAAAGCCUGCUAAAUGCUUAAGUCGGUGACGAUCCAAGUUUAUUACUUUGGGAACUUAGAGAUCUGGCAUAAAUAGUUUCAGCAUAUGCGCAAUACUGUGAUGGCUAAAGGAAGCACUAAACUGAUAGAACUCCAAGUCAAGAUGGAUGUACUGAGACGUGACAUUGAAUUCUCAUGCGCUGCAAGAAAUAUCCAACAGAAAACCGCACCAAGUCUUUACCUGAAUUUGUGUACGUGUUUUUAAAUUUUAAAUAUAAGCCAAUUUUGCUGUCAGAAACAACCAUUUCUGGGACUGGAAAGGAUGAGUCCGGAAGACUGCCAUUAAAAAAUAAGAAGUGUUAACACUAAUACGAGGUCAAUGUCACAGUAGACGAGAUGAAACGAUGGAGUCAGGUGUAAAAUACUAAUACAUCCUUAAUAUCAAGUUGAAUAUGAGGAAACAUUCGGCUGCCGUCAAAUAGUAUAAAAAAGGUUCGCCGUUGGAUUUGCAGCCAUUCUCAAUCGAGAAAGGUACAAGUCCUCUGCUAAAAGAAGAACGAAGAACUGUCGCCAUUUUGUUACAAGAGUAAAGAAAUGGAGUUCAAUGUCUUCCUUCUGUGUUUUGCCGUCUUUGUUGCUGCCUCAUCUGCGGCGACUGUCUGUAAAUGUGAAGACAAAGAGGAUCCCGUUAGUAAACCAGUGUCAAAAUACACAUUGAAGAUGAACAAAGACGGCAAGGAUUAUGAGGAACAGGUUGAAGUUGACACUGAGAAAGAAACAGAGACUUUUCACGUGCCAAAGACUUCACCCGAUGACGAAGCGGGAGAUAUCGUCUACGACUUUAAGAAGAAUAUGACCAUGGUCCAUUUGCCAGCGACCAAUUCCUGCUUUUUGAGCGAUUCAACCGAUGAUGUCCCUAAGCCAGCCGCCUUAGUGAAACUGCUGGUAACUUCAAGUUUGUAUUGCUUACUCUACAGUAACGAACCGUGAUAGUAUUCGAAAUGAAACAAAUAAA